AUGCAAGAACAUUUAGCAAAUAGAUGUCCAAAUGUACCUGUUGAUAAUGGAGAUCGUUUUGGGGGUGAUCAUUGUGAAAGUGACACAAACAAUCCUAUACCAAGUUCACCUAUAUCAAGACCAAAUGGAGAUUGUGAUAGGGGUGAUCAUGGUGAAGGUAACAGAGAUACAUCUAAUAUAAAAAAUGAGGGCAAUUAUGGCAAUAAUGACAACCCUAAUACACGAAAUGAAGGAGGUUCUGAAAAUGAAAGCAGCUCAAUUGGAAUUUUAAGAGCUGACCAUUUAACUGUUAUUGAUGAAAGUUAUUUGGUUUAUAGCAAUGGAGGAUCGUCAAGUAUUGCCAAUAACAUUCGACCAUCCUCAUUUGGCUUCAAUCAAAGUUCUAGACAAGGGGUACAAAGUGAUCAAAACUUUGCUAGACUUCGAGGUGAAGGUACCGGACUGCAUAAUCCUACUAGCUUGAGGGAAGGUAGUAAGUUGAAGAGAAUGAAUUACACAACUGGCAAAAAUAAAGACAAUUGUAAAACCGGCGAAACCAAUAAUAAGUGCAAAGAAAACGCUGGAUCCUCCUUGACCUCUUCUGUUUCAAACAAUACAAAAGAAACUAAAAAUUCACAAAAGCCUACAGCACUUGAGAAAGCCUUAGCAGACACUAUUAAUUAUGUUAUUUUCAAAGAGAUAAUCAAAUCAUCAAACUUUAAUCAGAUACUGAAAAAAGUUAAACAGAGAUUAGAGGAAGCUGAUGAAAAUCAAGAAUAG